AAAAAGCCAAAAAGGAAAAGAAAAAAACAAAAAGAGGAGGAGUAAAUCUCACUAAAUCAGGCGUUAACUUCAAAGAGAGUUUCAGAAGAGAGUUCCAAGUUCCAACGUCUAUAUCUUCGGUUCUACUUCACUCUCAACCUCCCAAGAAAUGGCUUCUCUCUCACGCGCCACUCUACUCGCCUCCACUCCGCUCCCUCCCGACCACCAUAAACAUGCCUUCAUUUCCGCGCCAAAAACAGUCAAUCAAAGAAGUAGAAGCAGGACAAACCUGACGGUUGCUAGAGCCGUUGAUGGCGGCGAUUCGUACCUUGAUAUGUGGAGGAAAGCGGUGGAGAGGGAAAAGAAGGAAACCGAGUUUCAAAAAGUAGCCCAGAAUUUGGCUAAGAUCGACGAUGAUAGCGGUGUCGGUAAUGGUGAUAAUAAAGAGGUUAUGGAGAAGAAGAGCGAGGAGUUCCAGAAGAUUCUGGAAACUCCGAAGGAGGAAAGGGAUCGGAUUCAGAGAAUGCAAGUAAUUGAUCGUGCUGCGGCGGCGAUUGCGGCGGCUCGAUCCAUUAUCAAGAAGAACGAUUCGUCUCCGGGAAAGGAAGAUUCCAAGAACGAAAAUGGCAGAACAAUUAGAGUUGAAGAAGAGGGAAAGCAGAGUGGGAGCAUUUUUGUUACUUCAUCGGGUAAUUCUGGAAAUGGAACACCUGGUCCAGAUUUUUGGUCCUGGACACCUCCUCAAAGUACUGAUCCGAUUUUGGAUGAUAUUGAUGGAUUGCAGACUGCUAGACAAACUUCAGAGUAUCCAAUUUCGAGCAAUCCAGUUUUAGAGAAAGAUCAGUCUUUCGGUUUUCUCUCUAUUCCUUUCGAGAGUAAAACUUAUGAGGCCACCCGCAAUCUUCCACCUUUUCAGUCAUUGAUAGAGGUUGAUAAAACAAAAGUACCUGAGGUUGCUGUAGAAAAGACUUCUUUAAAAGAGGAACAUAAUCUUGAAGUUGAAUUUUCUGCACAUGCUGCAGAAGCAGCUGAUGCCCUUCAUAAGGCAGAAGAAUUAUCUUCCCAAGGAGUCAGUGCGGAAGGAAGGAGAUGGUGGACGGAAACAGGAAUUGAGAAAAGACCUGAUGGUGUGAUUUGCAGGUGGACAAUGAUCAGGGGUGUUAGUGCUGACCAAGCUGUUGAGUGGCAAGAGAAGUACUGGGAGGCUUCCGAUGAGUUCGGUUACAAGGAGCUGGGUUCUGAGAAAUCAGGACGUGAUGCUUAUGGGAAUGUUUGGAGUGAAAACUGGAGAGAAUCAAUGUUGCAGGAUGGCGGGCUUGUACAUCUUGAAAAAACUGCUAAUAAAUGGGGAAAGAAUGCAAAAGGUGAGGAGUGGCAAGAAAAUUGGUGGGAACAUUAUGAUGCAUCUGGAAAAUCUGAGAAAUGGGCUGACAAAUGGUGCAGCAUUGACCCAAACACACCCCUUGAGGCUGGUCAUGCUCAUGUUUGGCAUGAAAGGUGGGGAGAACAAUAUGAUGGAUAUGGUGGCAGCGUGAAAUACACUGACAAAUGGGCAGAGCGCUGCGAAGGUGAUGGUUGGGCGAAAUGGGGUGACAAGUGGGAUGAACAUUUUGACCCCAAUGGCCAUGGUGUAAAGCAGGGUGAAACAUGGUGGCAAGGGAAACAUGGGGAUCGCUGGAAUCGCACUUGGGGUGAGCACCAUAAUGGCUCUGGAUGGGUUCACAAAUAUGGGAAGAGUAGCAGUGGGGAGCACUGGGACACACAUGUGGAGCAAGAGACUUGGUAUGAGAGAUUCCCACACUAUGGUUUUUAUCACUGCUUCGACAACUCUGUGCAGCUGCGGGAGGUUAAGAAGCCAUCUGAGAUGUCUGAACAAUAAACCUUUGUUUGUUUGUUUAUUUAUUUAUUUACUCAAGUACAUUUUUCAUAUAAAGGUAAAAUUUAGUAAUAAGUAGCUAUAGUUCCUCACAAAGAAACUAGUGUUAAAAACAAAAAUAAUCUGACAUAUUGCUGAAGUUUGCAUGUUUCUCA